UCCAGAGAGCCCAGACAUGUCCGUCGGUGCCAUCUUUUCUCCUUAGCAGGACUUGCAUAUGAUCCCCAAAGUCCCAAGCAACGGAGGUUAUUGGCAAGUCAAGUGUGAAUCCUACUUGUCCUGGGCUCCGGUAGUCGUUCCUCUACUUAGACCUCACUGCUGAGGUCCGUCCGCCUCACCAACGGGAGACAUGGCUGAGGUGCUGUUGGUCAUCUUCAUCAUGGUUUCUCCAGGAUCCUGUGCACUCUGGGUGUCUCAGCCCCCUGAGGUUCGUGCGCAGGAGGGCACUACUGCCUCCCUGCCCUGCUCCUUCAAUGCCAGCCGAGGAAAAGCGGCCAUUGGCUCUGUCACGUGGUACCAAGACAAAGUAGCCGCGGGGAUGGAGUUGAGCAACGUGACCCCAGGGUUCAGAGGCCGCGUGGCCUCUGUUUCUGUUUCCCAGUUCCUUAGGGACCACGAGGCAGGGCUGCUCAUACAGGACACCCAAAGCCAGGAUGCCGCAAUCUAUGUGUGCAGGGUGGAAGUGUUAGGCCUGGGCGUGGGAACCGGAAACGGGACUCGGCUGCUGGUGGAGAAAGGGCCUCCUCAGCAAGCCUCCAACCCAGAGCAAGCGGCCCACACAAGUCUCCUCCUCCGGGCUGGAUUCUACGCCCUCGGCUUUCUCUCUGUGGCCACGGGCAGUACCAUCUAUUACCAAGGCAAAUGUCCCUGUCACGUGGAAAACACCGCCACUCCUCCUCCUGCAGCCUCCGAGGAGCGAUUCUAAAUCCCAAUGAUCCAGCACUCUCAAGAGGCUAGCAAUAAAUCCUUACCCGCUCCUCUCUCCCA